GAAAACUUCAAAUUUAUCCACCAUCACAUUGUUUUGAAAGAUUUUCAUCAUUACUGUUAAUUUGUAGUAUAAAGAUGACAUCGGAAAGUGUAGUAGACUCAAAGAUUGAGCAUCAUCAUAAUUGUAAAGAUCAUCAUCACCAUCAUGGUGAUGAUUGUUGCAAAAGGUCCAAUGAUCAUAAAGAGUGCCAUCACGAUAAUACCAAUACAAAGCAUAUUCAUCAUCAAAAUCCAAAAAGGAAGAGAAAUGGAUGUGCUAUUUGUGGGUUAAUGCAAAUUAUGAAUCCAUUCCCUGCAACUGGUAAUGUUGAUGAUUAUGAACCAACUAAAUUUGAGGAAGCAAUGAAUGUAUUGACUCAUUUGUUGCCAAUAGCCAUUUUUACAUACUUUUCGAAUAGAAUGUUUGUGGAAAAUUUGGUCAACUCAUCAGAAGAAAUGUUUGUGGCAUUGGUUUUUUGUAUUGGGAUGUGUAUUUUGUUUCUAGUUUCGAGUACUUAUCAUUUUGUUUGUCUAAUUUAUGGAAAAAAUCACCCAAAUGUUGAUUUUUUCAGAUCUAUGGAUUAUGCCACUAUUUAUAUUUUCAUUGGUGCCUCCUAUACACCAUGGUUGGCUCUGGUUCCACUUGGAGAGGAUGGAACGUUUGGAAAAGGUUUUGCAGUUUUGGUGUGGAGUAUUGCAGUUAUUGGACUCAUCAAAUCUUACAAUACCAAAUUCUUACCUCAAAUUGAAAGUGUUGUCUUGUUGAAUUUGAUGGGUUGGGUUGCUAUUAUAAUUAUUCCACCAGCUCUAUUUACACACGUUCCAAUUGAGGCUUUUAUUUUCUUAUUGAUUGGAGGUAUUUUCUAUUCGGGAGGAUGUUUCAUUCUCAAAUAUGGAGAUGGUAGAAUACCAGCAGCUCAUGCCAUUUGGCACAUGUUAGUGAACUGUGGAGUGUUAUUCCAUUUCCUAGUAAUGGAAGUUUAUUUGAUUAAAUUGGAUACACAUUUUAGACCUGGUGAUGAAAUGCCACUCAUGGUCUAUGAACAAGUGAUUGAGGCAUGGAAUUCGAAUAGAACUUGGCACUUCCCAGCCUUUAAUGUUUUGUAUAGAUAAAUUA